UUUUGAUUGCCUCCACGACCGCUCUGCCUGGUCCCGCCGCCCACACCCCCCCAUCCGCUCACUCGUCCUGGUCGGCUCGUCCGGUCGGUCGGUCGUUGGCAACGAACCCAAGUGAGGAGAGGUGAGCAAGCGGCGGUGGUGCCUCUUUUGGUGACCUUCUGACACCAUGAGACUUGCCCCUCUGCCCCUUCAUCUGCGCCGCAUCCCGCUGGCCUGGGCCCCAAGCAUUCCCAGCUGUUGCUCUACCUUCUCCUCCUCGCACUGCUGGCCGUGGUUGUCCUCCUCCUUUUCAUCAUCACCAGUGCCAUCCUCCCCGCCAUCGUCGCUGUAGUCUGGCCUCAACAAUCGACGACGCCGUUCCUCCGCCAUCGCCUGCGCCUACUCAUUGUCAUUGCGUCGUUACGGCUCCGCGUACGUAUCUGGAAGCUCAAAGGCCUUGGCUGGGCCUCUGCAAGCUCUGCCUGUUCCGCCUCGGCGUCUGCAUCCGCAUUUGGGCCUACCUUGAUACGCCUGCGCCUGCGCCUCAUGCUGCUACCCCGUUGGUGACUCUCGUGCUAUUGUGCUCCCCUCCUCUUAUUGUUGUAUCGGCCGCACCACCUAUUCUCGUCUGGGCCCAUCUCCUACUACUUUGUCGGCCGUCUGUCCCGCGAUCUGCCCCGUCGUCGUCACAUCGCCCAGCUGGUCGGCUGACCGUACCGUGUCCAUCUCUGCGGCUUCCACAGGACUGCCACAUUCUCGUUGGAAUCCGUAUCGUCACCGGCACCGGCUCCGGCACCAGCACCAACCUCGCCUCCACCUCGUCCUCCGUACGCCAUCGCUCGGCCGUCACAUUCAGCCCGCCACGGAUUGGAAGCCUCUCCGCAGCAUUCUCCUUUGCCCGCCACAUCUCCUCCCCCGUCUUCUCCUUCGUCUUCCUCUCUUUCUCUUCCGUCUGUACCGCCGCUUGGCUCUGGUGCUAUCCUAUCCGCCUCUUCGCUUCUCUUUGGGCUCCGAGGAGAUUGCGCCAAAGCAAGUGGCUCGCUUGUUUGCCUGUUGGGUGGACCGUUGGCCGCCUCACUCGUCCGCCCUGCCCUUACCUGCGCCCUUUGCUGGCACUUCCACCCUCGGUCGGACUCCUGCCCUCGCUGUCGUCGGCGCUGUCUUUGAUACCCUUUCCGAGCUGGCAUCGGUGCCGCGCAAACCAAGCCAGAGAGGCGGCCCUACCCAGGACUCCCGGGACGGACCGAUGCCCAAACCUGCGUUUAUGUCCAAGGUCGAGCAGUGACGCUGCCGCACAUCCUCCUCAGGAGCGAACGAUACGGUCUCGCCACGCUCGCAGCGACGAGCCAGCCUGUGGCGGAGACUUCAACGACAGUUCCCUGUGUGCUGCUGGCAGCGACAUCACGGCCCCGUCGGCUGCUUGACGGCUGUUCCUCCGCUGCUACGAGGUGCCAAGUCUUGCUCUUGCCAACAUUUGCCUCGAGUCCCUCCUUCCCUCCCGAUCUCCCUACCUUACUCCUCUGUGCGUCAUCUCUAUCUUUCGCCAGAGCUCCAUCUUGACCCCCCCUCCAAUACUUCACCCGCACCUCUCAACUGCGGCCUCGCGUCACGUCGUCAGUCCCCCGAUCCCGUUGAGACACCUGCUCCACGCCGCCUUUCCGUCGCUCGUUUGUGCGUCUGUUACCCCUGCUGCCCUCACCUGGUUAUUCCCAUGAGGGGCUCGUUCUCACCCUGUGGCCGCAGCGUACCUACCGGAGAUCAUAUUGACUAGCCUCGCGGACGGACCUUAGACGUGACCAAGGGCCUCCCAGCGACGACAACAGAACUAGAGCCAGUAUUUCUAGACAUAAAUUUUGUGGCGCAAGGACGGACAAGAUUGACCUCGAUUCAAUCCGCCCUCGACCCGAGUUACCUGGCGGCAGCACAGCCAAGUGACGAGUGCGCGGCAGCAGGACCAGCUUCAUUGAUAGCACGACAGCUCCGUCAGCCUCCUGGAAGCGUGCCCAGCCGCCUCAUAGGGUGAGAUAUCGGUCGGCCGACCUGAAGUGCGGAUGCGAUGGACCCCAUCAACUACAUGUCGCAGAGCUCGCAACAGCUGUCGCCUCGUAGCGACCCGGUCCACGGCCAUGGUGCUUGGUUAGCGCAGACGCACCACUCCAUGGGCGGUCCGUGGCCGCCUCCUAAUCCUCAUUACCUACCGUCACCGCAGCCGAGCCGUGGACUUCCUGGCUUGGAUCCCUUCCACGUCGGCAUGCAAGGGACGUUGCCUCAUCCAGAUCGCAGCCUUCGAACGCCAACGACGAUGCCGCUGCCCAACACCUUGCUUGGCCUGGCAUCACUGUCGCAGAACCAGACGUGGAUCCCCGCGGCGCCUCCAUACCCCGGCGGUCCCGCGAGUGCAGGCACGGCAGGCCACGGACUUCCACCUGUCGGCUUCAUAGCCCGCAUGGGCGGAUCCGAACCCGAGGGCGGCCGGCCGCCUGGCUCGGGGCCGUUGUCAGCAGACGAGCACCGGGGCUUCGUGGACGUGCUUUCAGGCACAAACCCCGUACCUACGGCGCCAAUGCAGCAGCGGUUGCAGACGACGGCAUCGCGCGAUGAAGUUGCUGCUGCAAACGCGAGUGCAGGCGCUGUGCAAGGUGCGACACCGGAAGCGCGGCUGCCGCUGCAGUUCAACCCCGGCGGGCACCAGCGUCCCUUGAUAGCAAACGGAUCCUCCGCGUCGGCGACGCAAGUAGUGAAUCAUCAAUAUCAACACCAAGCUUUGCCCCAACCCCAGCCUCACCACCCCCCACGCCAACGUCUACACAACCGCCAACAUCACUCUUUACCCUUCGACCAAACCACUCCUCCGCGCCGCGCCACUGCCCACGGCAGCUCGUCGCCUACCACGCCGCCGUCGCCAAACACGCCACGUCCCCAUCAUUCGGGGCGAGCCACAUUUCUCGCAACAUCGCUCUCGACACCACGCAACUCGUCAGCCCUUCCAUCGCCAGUUUCAGACCGGCGUCGACAGGGAUAUUCGCGAGCCCGCCGGUACAUGAGCUCACGACACGCCGCCGCUUCCGAUCCUGUCCAGAACCUCACCGACUUUGUGGAAAUGGCCGACCACUCACGACAGGCAUUGUCGGAGUCUAGCAGCUCAGGGCUGUCUCGUGGCGGCAACAAUCCGAUGUUCGACGACGCAGCAUCCGUUCGACAGGCCCAACUCGCUCGCGGAGCAGAGGUCAAGUUGAUCGCCUCUCGAGCGGCACUGAGAACUCUGCAAUCCGUGGAUAAGAAUGAUCUGCCCAAGAGCGAGCAAGUAUGCGUCAUAUGCUACAACGAGUACAACGAGAUGAGCCCGGAGGGCGUUUCAGAGGCACCUCUUCGCUUACCACGAUGUAAGCAUGUGUUCGGCGACCACUGCAUCAAAAAAUGGUUCGAAGAGUCGGACAGCUGUCCGUACUGCCGCGACAAGCUGCCCUCGGAACCCAAAAAUUCGCAAGGUACUGCUCGCGCAUUUAUGAACCUGAUGAGGUUGCGCGGACUGCAGCCGAGCGAGCUGGAGGAGAAUCUCUACAGGAGAGCCCUGUCAGGGUCGGUGGCGGAUGCAGAGUUCGGGGAGUACGUCCACAGCAUGAGACCGCAGGCAUUUGUCCAUGAGAGACGCUCCCCUCCCGACGACGCUACCGGGCAGGACCAACGACGAACCAGGAGGCGUCGACGAAGUCCCAGCCCCCACGGCGCUCUCGAGGGGGUAGCAGGCAACAACGUCACGGAGGCCCCAGCGCAUUCCCCGGAGGCGGUGGUAGAUCUAGGCGGCGAUGAGGAUUCGACGCCCUCGGUGGCCUACAUGCGACACAUCAUGGUGCUGAUGGGUGAGGACGCGGUGCAGUCGUUGAACGGGGUCCGUCGACAAGGCAGCUCCACGACGGGAGGCGAUGCCGCUGGCGGGCACCAAGGGCAUGCCGGAGUCCCACCAUUCACUGCCUUUCACAAUCCGGGAGUCUGGAGUUCCAGCCAGCGUCGCCGCUGGUGAAAGAGAUACAGACGUUGUCGAUGAUGAGCACAGAGCGCAUCAGCAGGACGCAGCCACGCUACACGGGGCAGGUUGUUGGGUCGAUGGCGAGCGAGCAGGCAGCUGGAGACGACAUAAUUGCAAGCACACUGCGUACCGAACUACCAAGUAGGUGGUGGCGAAGCGUAUUGCCGGUGGAUGGAGGCUAUGGACGCUGGGUGGCAGCAAGGAAAGCUAGAGGGGCUGGCAAACUGAAGGCGGCUGUUCUUUAUUUUUCUCUUCCUUUAUUUUUCUCUUUUCUUUUCGUUUUUAGCCUCUCCCCGGCAUGCACUCAUGGAUGGCGCACUUGCAUCAGGGAAGGAUGAUGGCCGGGCACACGUCGUAGAUUGCGCGCCACAUUGUACUAAACCAUCUCUAAUAUUUUAGACGAGCACACUGAUGGCGGACGGCUGCUAUCGAGGGCACAUGAGGAUGGGGGUCGGGACAGGCGCAACACAGCGGCCCACUUGGGGGCCAGCGCAAAUUGAUGAGAUGAGAU